UUUCACUGAAUCACACCGCAACCCAACCGUUUUUCUUUCGAUAGGUCACUCACACACACGCAGCGGAACCGAGCUUCAACGGCGGCGAAAAUGCUCACUACUGAUAUUCCUCCUAACCAGACCAUCUACAUUCGCAACAUCAACGAGAAAGUCAAGAAAGAAGAGCUGAAGAGAUCUCUUUAUGCCUUGUUCUCGCAGUAUGGAAGGAUUUUGGACGUAGUUGCACUAAAAACACCUAAGCUUCGGGGGCAGGCAUGGAUUGUGUUCAGUGAAGUGAUGGCUGCAAGCAAUGCUGUGCGUCAGAUGCAAAACUUCCAGUUUUAUGAAAAACCGCUGAGAAUUCAAUAUGCUAAAUCAAAAUCAGAUUGCAUUGCUAAAGCCGAAGGUACCUAUGACAAGAAAAAGAAGCAAGAGGAAAAAGCUGAGAGAAAGAAACGAGUUGAUGAAGGUCAGCCAGCUCCUAAUGCUACUGGUCCAAGAUCUGAUAGUAAUGGAGGCCCAUCUGCUGCCACUAGGCAAGGAAUGCCUAGCGCACAAGAAGCAGCCGAGCCCAACAACAUUCUUUUCAUACAAAAUCUACCUUAUGAAACAAACAGCAUGAUGCUAGAGAUGCUUUUCAAACAGUACCCUGGCUUUAGAGAAGUUCGGAUGGUUGAUGCGAAGCCAGGUAUCGCCUUCAUAGAAUAUGAAGAUGAUUCACAAUCUUCAGUUGCCAUGCAGGACCUUCAGGGCUUCAAAAUAAGCCCCCAGAAUGCUAUGGUGAUCACGUAUGCCAAGAAAUAAGGGCUCAUAUGGCGGGGCUGAGUGCUGCCUAUCUGUUAAUGUCAAGUAAUUGUAAUAGUUCCGCAACUACGUAUACUUUGCCUAACUGCAUUCAAGGGAAGAGCUGCCCGAUCCUUGUUGUAAUGAUCACACCUCGUUUUGAAACAGUAUGUUUUGGUUAAACCUUUGAUCGAGAUGCGCAGGAAAAAAAUGAAAAUGAUAUUGUGAUUUUAGCUACGUAAUUGAAUCCUCUUAUCUACUUUGGGACUCGUUGUGGAAUUUUCUACUAUUGAGAUGAAUGUACAUUUUGAAGCGACCAA